AUGAAUAAAAAAGUUGGAUCAACAGAUAAAAAUAAAAGUUUACAAAAAACUUCACACCCUAUUGAGAGUAGUAAUAAGAAAAGUAGUAGAGAUGAUAGUGACGAUGAAGUUAGAGAUUCCAUUAAUUCCAAUUCACAAACUACACCAUAUAAACCACCCCCACCAUCAUAUAAAAAGUUAUUCCUUCAACAAUAUAAUCAAAAAUCACCAGCUUCACCAAUUAAUUUAAACAUUAACAAGGAAUCACAAUCAAUACAAGAACGAGAACCACAACAACAACAACCACAAGUAAUAUCAUCAUCAUCAUCAUCAUCAUCAACAACAACAACACCAAAACCACAAAAGCAACAAACAACAACAUCAAGUUCAAGCUCAAAAAAAAAAAAAGAACACCGAUCAGCAUCAAAGUCACAUCAUCACCAUCAUCAUCAACAACAACAACAACAACAACAACAACAACAACAAGAAGAACACCGAUCAUCAUCAAAGUCACAUCGUCACCACCAUCAUCGUCAUCAACAACAAGAGGAGCAACAAGAUAAUAAUGAACAACAAAUAGAGGAACAAUUUAAUGAAAUACCUACAUUGGAAGAGGUUAUAAAUUCUAUUUUAAUAUUUAGUUGCUUAUCUUGUAAAACACCAAUUGGUGAUUCAACAUUAAUCGUUAAUAAAUCUCACGAGUGUGAUAUGUAUAUGACAUUAACAAACACCUUUGUAAUGAAAAAACUUGGAGGAUCUGUAAUUUUAGGUGAUCAAAAACCAUCAACUUAUAGAGGUGAAACUGAUUGUAUUUAUUCCCUAUUUUAUUGUAGUUAUUGUAAUUCGCCAUUAGGAAGGAAAUAUAACAAAACAUCACAAAAAUUCAAAAUCUUAAAUAAUCAUUUCGUUGUUGAUAUUGGUUCAAUAACAUAUUAUAGUGUUGGUGGAAACAAUAAUAUUAUUGUUGAGGAUAAAAAUGAAAUUGUACCAUUAAGCUUUGGAAAUGAUAAACUUACAAAAAUGCAUGAAACAAUGAUGAAGAUGAAUGAAAAAAUUAAUUUCUUGGAAGAUCAACUUCUUUCCGUUUUUAAUUCAAUAAAGAAAGCUUUACCAGAAUAUAUUAAUGAAAACGAUGAUAAUAGUAAUAAUAAUAAUAAUAAAAAUAAUAAUAUAGCCGCAAAUAUGGAUAAUAAAAUAAUUAGUCCUAAUAGUAAUAUCAUAAAUCAGCAACAACAACAACAACAACAACAACAACAACAACAACAACAACAACAAAAUAAAUUUAAUGUAAAAAGAGCAAUACCUAGUCAACAAGGUGAUGAUAAUGAUAGGGAUGAUAAUGAGGACGAUAAUGAUAUAAUUAGUCAAAGCCCUUUUAAAAAAUCAAAGAUGGUUUGUAAUGACGAUAUUAGUAGUGAUGAUAUUAAUGGUAGAAAUAGUGAAAAUAACAAUGGUAAUAAUAAUUAUAACGGAGAUAUUAAUGAAAUAACUGAUUCAACAACAACAACUAUUACUGCGACCACUUCAACAAUCAUCACAGAAAAAGAUUUCCAAAUAAAACCCACAAAUACUGAAAUGGAUAUUGAUAAUGAUAACUCUAAUAUUUGCAAUAAUGUUUAA